AGAAAAGUUGGCUCGCCGAGGGCGAGAUCUUGGCCUCAAGGGGGCCAGCUUGACGAAGCGCAAACUUCGCGAAAGAAUCUAUGGCAUUCAAAUUUGGGCAGCAUUUUCGAGCGGCGAUCGACAAAUGUCGUGACGUUGCUGCAGCGAUUAGCACUCGCUGCGCAACGAGAAUUUGUGGUCGAAUGGCAUGAAUCGAACGCGCAAUUCGCAGCUCUGAGCGAUUCGCGAGACGACGACGAACCCUAGUCGUGUGAGCGAGCAUGUCCCUGUAGACGAGGAGCUUUCCCGGAGCAAUCUCUCACCUCGUCCUUCUCCUCCUCGCAUUGCGUAAGCUUCACUCGCUAGGGUUUUGUCUCACGAGCUCUCGUGGCAGUCGGACGGACGACCCACCGCACCGACGAAGGCGACUUUCCACGAGUCCUGUCGAAGCGAAAGGAGAUACUGCCCCGCGCGAUCGCUGUUGUUGUUCCGAAUUUGAGAAUGCUUUUGGCUAGACAUGGCUCAGCUACUGGCCUAGCCUGGCACUCGUAGGGUGUUUUCAGCAUUUGCUGCAGACGAGCGCUUGCUGAGCAUACACGUUCGGAGAGUUCGGAGAUUGUCGGAUCGAUUCCUGUGGGAGCACGCACCUCCGCUGUCGCAGAGGCCAGCUCCUCUUGGGAUUUCGGGCGAAGAAGAUUUUGCUUCUUGUCGAUGAACUUUGUUUCAGCUUUGAUUCACGGUCGAGGAGACCCCGAUCAUCGAUAGAUCCAGAUUCGACUUUUUAAGACGCGGGGAUAUGGCUGGAUGUCCCGAGGUGGGGUGACUGAGGAAUUCAGAGUUGCCGUGUGUUGGGAAAUUUCGAGAAUUGGAGCUGUGGGGAGCCUUGUCGCAAUGGGCAUUCCGACUCCUGUAGAAGAGCUGGCGUGGUUAGUGAAAGACAACCUGUACGCUAAGCACCUCGUACUUUCUGUCGAAGAGUUGUUCGUGGAGUUUUUGGAAUGUCCCCUGAGCGAGGAGGAAACGUUGGCACUGGAGCCAAUGGUGUCUUACCAACGUAUGUUGCUGCAUCGACUCGCUGAUCUCUUUGGGUUGGCACACGAGUCCGUGGGGGAAGGAGAAGAAAGGCACCUUGUGGUGGAGAAAUGCGAGGAAUCACUAAUCCCUGCGGUGCUUGUGAGUGAUGUACUAGAACACAAUGAUGGAGAAGCACAUCACCCUCAGUCUUCUCGGCAGCUUUUAAAGCGCCAUGCAUCUCCAACAGAUGGUCUUCAAGGUCAAGCGUUGGUAAACACACCUGGCUUGUCCUUGGAAGAGAGGCAGGCAGCGUAUUUAGCAGCGAGGCAAAGGAUAUUCUCUGAGAAAUGGAAACAUGCGGAUGAGAAUACAAAGGAGUCUGGACAUGCUAGGCCGCGAUCGGAUCCUGUAGUCGCUCGGAGAAUGAUCGCGCACGCUUUAGGAAAGCCCAAGCUUUUGGCUGUCACUAGCCCCUCGAUUGAAGUGAUCACGCCACAAGACUUAGUCAUUCAGUUUGGCGAAAGAACGACCGACGAAACUCCAAGCACCACACUCGGAAAGCUAACUUCGGAGGAGACGAAGGAAGCAAUGCAACAGUCUUCGGUCAAAGCUGCCAAGAGAAUGUUCGCCAGCGCUCUUGGUCUGCCACCGUCUGGGAGCUCACCAAGGUUUCCUUCCCGCCAGGUUCCAUGCAGGAUAGCUGUCAAUCCAGUUGUCAACUUGGUGGAGGAAUCUACUUUAUCGCCAUUACCUGCUUCUGAAAGCUGUAGGCCACUUUCACCUGGAGGGCUCAACGUGCCUGCUGGUGGAGUACAAAUCAGGGAGAACAUCGCGGUUAUCUCUUCUCACAAUGACGAAGUUUUUUGUGAAAGUGUCCACAAGACUUUUAGCAGUCCUACCAUGGCACAAGUGAGACCAUCGAGAAAUUCGCGACCCGGCGUUGCAGCUUGCAGGAUAUUUGCGCAGGCUCUUGGGCUUCCAGAUCCUGUCUGUUCAUCUGAAGUCAGUAGAUCUCCUUCCCAUCACAGGGGUGGCUCUCUUGCCAGUGGCUGACAUCUCUUGUUCAGUAUACUUUCAUUCUUUUUGCUUCCGGUCUUCAUCUUGCGAAGCGCAGCUGCGAGAAAAGGGGCGACACACCCGGGUUAUGCUCUUGGCGUUGUACAGGUGCCCUAAGAAGGUUCGAUAGCGAUGCAGAUGGAGGUCAAUUGGGAAAAUCUCCAUCAAACUUUUUGUAAAAUUUGAUACAGCAGACUAACAGAUUCUGCAGUUGUUGGACGAGAACUGCCUUCUUGACGGUUCUCAAUUGGCGUUUAUGAGUUGGUGACGAAUAUAGCAUAGCUGGUCGGAGCGCACGGUGACGCUGACGCGAUUGUCCACAGUUUCCAAUGUUGGCGACGCUUGGUCUUGUGAACUCAACGCACCCAGUUAUCCCUUGAAGACAAACCCCCAUAAUGUGCACAAGUCGCUUUGGUCCUGUUUCCCCAUCACUUUUCUCUGUGAUGUUUCUGUACAUGUUUUAGAUAAGACCAGAUAAAUGAAGCCAGGUUUCCUAGGGGCAGCUAGGAUCGUGACCGAUUGGAUACAGUGUAAAGGCACAGUUUUGACACUUGAAUCAUGAUUAUCUCACCUUGUUAUUAUGUUGUUAUAAUUAUGAUAUAAUUGGAUACAGCGUAAUCAUACAGU